GUGAGUCGGACGGCCAGGCGAUGACGUUCCAGCUUCGCCGAGUCCCUUCAGCCUCCCCACGAGUCCUCGAGGACAGACCGUCGUCGUGUUUGACUGCCGUCGACCUGCCGAGGAAGGAGCCGCUGCUCCGAGGCCCCGGCAGGAGGGAGCAUGAGAGACCGACCGAGGCAGUACCACAGCCCGCACCCCCAGCAUCACGCCAUGCCCCUCGAGGAGAUCCAAGGACUCUUACCCCCACCGUCCUCCAAAACAGGUAACCGGGGCUCGCUCAACGUGACAAUAACGCAGAUCGGCUCGGCUGGCGGUGGCCAUGGGCUGGGCAAGAGCGACCUCUUCCACCUGGACCCGGGGGUCGACGCAAGGCCAACUCCGUCGCCGCUCUCCGACACGACCACCCUGCCUUCGGACAACGUCGACACCUUCACCGGAGUCGAUCCGCGGUUGCAGCUCGGGGCGGUGUGCAACAACCGGAACACGUGGGAAGGCCGAUACCGCGUGAAGGAACAUCGGCGGGCUGGAAAGGCUACUUUUCAGGGCCAAGUGUACAACUUCCUGGAACGUCCCACGGGAUGGAAAUGCUUCCUCUACCACUUCUCGGUGUUCAUGGUGGUAUUGGUCUGCCUCAUAUUUAGUGUCUUAUCAACUAUAGAUGAGUACAGCGAAUUUGCGAAUGAAACUUUGUUUUGGAUGGAAAUAUGUCUGGUAUUUUUUUUCGGCUUCGAGUACCUGGUGCGACUGUGGAGCGCGGGAUGCAGGUCAAAGUACAUGGGAUGCUGCGGACGCAUGCGGUUCAUCCGCAAGCCGAUUUGUAUUAUAGAUUUAAUUGUCGUAGUGGCGUCGAUGGUAGUUCUCUCGGUAGGCAGCAACGGGCAAGUUUUCGCCACUUCCGCCAUUCGUGGCAUCAGAUUCUUGCAAAUUCUGCGUAUGCUCCACGUGGACCGGCAAGGUGGCACCUGGAGACUCCUCGGCUCCGUGGUAUUCAUACACCGGCAGGAAUUGAUAACCACGCUGUACAUAGGAUUCCUCGGUCUCAUAUUUAGCUCGUACUUUGUGUACCUGGCCGAAAAGGACGUGCCGGGCCCCCACGGGAGAACCGACUUUGCCAGCUACGCGGACGCCCUGUGGUGGGGUGUGAUAACAGUUACAACGAUAGGAUACGGUGACGCAGUGCCCCAAACGUGGAUGGGGAAGAUCGUGGCGUCCUGCUUCAGCGUCUUUGCCAUAUCCUUUUUCGCCCUUCCCGCUGGUAUCCUGGGCUCGGGUUUUGCGCUAAAAGUGCAGCAGAAGCAGCGCCAGAAGCACUUCAAUCGGCAGAUCCCGGCCGCCGCGAUGCUCAUCCAGUGCCUCUGGAGGUGCCACGCAGCCGACAAGUCGACCAACAGCGUGGCCACGUGGAACAUCUACGUCAAGGAUCCGACUCCCACCACGACCCAGCCGACCACUCCCCUCGGCAAGUCUUUGAUGGUCCAGGUGGCAAAAAAGGCGAGCGUCUUAAAGCGGCGCAAGUCGCGCAACCGCAUGGACGUACCGCAGCUAGAUCAGCCGCAGCAGCAACCAUCCAUCACCAGUCCGGAGCAACAACAGCACCAGCAACAGCAUCUGCACCUCCAGCUGCACCAGCAGGGCCAGGGAGACGCGAAGUUCGACAACGAGGGUGACAUUAUAUUCUACAUGGAGGAGCCCAAGGCCUGCACGCCCAACCGAGUCAGAAGGGAGAAUCGGGGAAGCUUGUUCACUUCUCAAACUAGCUCCGUGACGGAAGCAGCCAGCGAUGAGAUCGACAUCGACAUCGACGAGCCCCAACGAGUGACUUCACUGACAGAGGCACACCGGAACGCGAUAAGGGCCAUUCGUAAGAUCAAGUACUUCGUUGCUCGUCGCAAGUUUCAACAAGCACGCAAGCCCUAUGAUGUACGGGAUGUCAUUGAACAGUACAGCCAAGGGCAUCUCAACAUGAUGGUGAGAAUUAAAGAGUUGCAGAGACGACUUGACCAAACUUUGGGUAAACCGGGCAGCUACCUUGCGGGCAUUGAUCGAGCAGGUAACAUCAAGCCAAUGACAAUCGGCGCGCGUCUCUACAGGGUGGAGCAGCAGUUGUCUGUCAUGGAGAAGAAGUUGGAUCAACUGAUGUACGUGAUGAAUGCAGUUGCACACAAACAGCAGAUACCACUGCGCACCAUCGAGGACGAGAUUUAGCGAGCGCCCGCGUGGAGUUUGGCGAGUCGCGUGCGUCAUAGGUCCACGUAACUAUUGCGGAUUUCAGUGGGACGGAUCGGUACUUAGUACGAGGUUACCCGAAAGCACACGGCAUACAAGCGUAUGGUCGACCUCGGCGUUGUGUAUAUACAUUAGGACUUUGUAAAAAAGUUACGCACGAGUGUGCAUGUGAGUAACAGUAACGAAAAGGUAACCAAGGGUCGUUCUUUCGCGCACGCAAACACAUAUCAUACGAGCAUGCUGCGGUGCUCUUUUUUACUCUACCUCAAAUUGGUCUGUGGAACUUCUACAAUCGCGCUAUUUUACAACAGCAAGAUAUACAUAAUUUUGCGACUCGUUUUUUAAAAGUGCGCGAGUAAUUAUGCUGUUGUCUAUGAAAAUGAAAAAACUUAUGAAGCGAUGCGUAAAAAUUUAACUUUGACCUCAUACCCUAUAUGUGUAACUAAGUGAUAUGGUCUGUACAUAAUAAUAUUUAUAGUGUUACGAAGGUGUAUAUAAACAUGCACACGCACACGCAUAUCUGUAUAUACAUAUAAUGAGCUCCAUAAUAAAUAUAGUAACAUUGUUUCAUUGAGUAGCUAUGAGGAAUAUUGUAUAAACAUUUUUUUCAUUUUCAGCACUAAAAAUACAUCAACAGGCUAAAUUUUAGGAUUUAACUAAUAGCAGCGAAUUCGAAUAGUGUACCUACUUUGUAAUAGACAAUUAUUAACAACUACUGUUUCGUUCAUGUCCAUUUAAAUUUAAUAUAUUUCAUUCACAGACUAUACUUAAAAUAGAAACUCUGCUUUAGUAUGUUAAAAUAUUUAAAUAUUUUUACCUUUCAACUUGGAAAGAGAUUGUACGGUCUUGGACCAUCACGUAUAAUGCGAAUGUAAAUACGUUAUGUAUUUAUGUAUUAGUGACGUACGUUGCCCUGCUGUACAAUUUGUGUAGCUUUGAGUAUUGGCAGCGUAAGUACUAGAUCGAGGCGAUGUACGUACAAACGUGUAUUAAUACUAACAAAUCGUAGAGUGAAAGCUGCUUAAUUUAGCAGUACUAUUGAGUUGAAAAAAAAAAAAAAAAAAUCUUUCCA